AUCAAAUCAUGACAUAUUUUAAAAUCUGUUGACCAAACAUUGCCUGCCAUCCUUGCAUCUCCUCUGACUCAAUGCCCUCCGGGAAUGGUUCCAUCAUUGUCUUCUUGUUACCUACGUGUAGUCAACGAAAAAUACAAACUACACGCUCAGCGAAACCGCUGAGUGGUACCACGCUAGAAUUGUAGAAUGAUUCACAGACAUGUAAGGCUACAACUUUCGUGAAGAAACCAUGUUAAAAUAAUGAGUUUAAAGUGGUCAAAUAUAGCUCACAAGUGGACUCAUAGUUGCUGCCAGGAUUUUGGAUGUUCCAACGAACAACGAUUCCGACGAUUAUCUCAUUAACUUCAAUAUUCUAACGCCGAACCUUCUCUACGAUACCUUCCGGAUGUUCCUAAUAAGUGUUAGAGAGUUUAUGGUAAGUUCUUGGAAUGAAACAAUAUGAAUUUGGUGAAGAAAAUGGUCCAACCCGAGGAGCUCGCCACCACUGGCGCAGUCCCGGUAUUUUGGCCAUAUCUUCUUCGUUACUCAACGAAAUUGCGAGCCGUUUGUUGGGCUGGAUUCGUAUCGUCCGGGGUUACAACUUUGGUUCAGAAAGGGUUCAAUUCUCCUUACACUUGAAUUGAGAAUCAAAUGGCAGCGGCUCCACCACUUCCACAGCCGGCGGCGGCGCCACCACUUCCACAGUCAGCGGCGGCAGAUUUUCUUAGAAGACCGUCACUCUACGUCGGUGAUCUCCACCCUGAGACCACCGAGAGGGACCUGUUGGAGUCGUUUUCUAGGAUGGGGACAUUGGAUUCGGUCCGCCUCUGUAGAGAUACUGUGACGAAGAGAUCUCUCUGCUACGCUUAUGUCAACUUCCUCUGCUUUUCUGAUGCUUUGAAGGCUAUGACGUGCCUGAACCACACUAACCUGAGGGGUAAGCCUAUGAGGAUCAUGUGGUGUCAGAGGGAUCCAUUGGUAAGAAAAUCUGGGGUUGGCAACCUUUUCGUCAAGAAUCUUGCACCUUCAGUAACCAGUGCUCAACUGGAGAGGAUGUUUAGCAACUAUGGGACGAUUAUCUCUUGCAAAGUUGUUGUUGAAGAUGGAAAAUCCAAAUGUUUUGGAUUUGUUCAGUUUGAUUCUGAGCAUUCAGCCAUGUUUGCUAUUCGUUGUCUCAAUGGAACAAUGUUGGAAGGAAAGAAACUAUAUGUCUCAAAAUUUAUCAACAAGCAAGAGAGGAAGGUUCCAUGUGAAGACUUCAAAUUCACGAAUCUGUAUGUGAAGAACUUGGAUGAUGACCUGUCUGAAGAUCUCUUAAGGGAGAAAUUUUCAAAACAUGGGAAGGUCCAAAACGCUAUCAUUGUUAGAGACGAAAAUGGAAAGUCAAGAGGUUUUGGCUUUGUCAAUUUUCACUCGCAUGAAGACGCUAACAGGGCUGUUCAGUGUAUGAAUGGCACAUUACUUGGAUCAAAGCAACUGUUUGUUGUAAGGGCGCAGAAGAAAGACAGUAGAGAUGAUAUCUCAAGAUGUGCAUAUGAUCAUACAAUCAGCCUUGAUGACAACAAGCCCGAGGCUUCCACUUUGCAUGUGAAGAAUCUAAGUCAAUCAAUUGACGACAGAAAAUUAAGAGCACUAUUCACUGCUUAUGGAAAGUUACUUUCUGUUAAGAUCAUGCGUCAUGAUGAUGGUGUCAGUAAGGGAUUUGGCUUUGUGAGCUUUUUAAAUCCCGGAGAUGCAAAAAGGGCUAUGGAUAACCUUGAUGGAACAACUUGUGAUGGAAUGUGUCUGCAUGUGGCAUUAGCUUGGCCGAAGGAAGAACGCACCAGGGCAUCCUAUGCCCCACGAAAACCACAGUCAUUUUCCCCUCCUUACCAAGAAAUUAUCAUGCCUACACUCCAAGAGUUCCUCUACUAUGCUCCUCCUUAUUAUAUGUCAAUGCCAGAUUUCAGUCCUGCCAGAACAUAUCAAACUGUUAGCAGACAGAUGGGUACCUUCUUCCCUGUCGGGAUGUACAAUUUUCAAGGGGGGAAGAACUUGAUUCAUGGGCCAGAUAAACGACCACAGAGUUUGCCCAAUAAUAAGCACUUCAUCACCUCGUACAAAUCUACAAAGUCUGCUCUUCCUUUGAAUGAUUCUGUAAAGCUGGGAAACCAAAAGAGCCAGAAGGCGAAAAAUGCAAAUGGAACAACAAUGCGAGUUGUACUACCUCCACCAGAACCGACCAGCAACAAAGAGCUAACAAAAGCAUCAAUGUUGCAGCUCAUGAUAGAUCUUGAGAGCGGGCAUGCUGCAGAGAUAAAUGCACUGAUAUCGGAAGGGAAGAAGAAACUCAUGAUGCAGAAAGUUAUGAACUUGCCAGACACUUUGGUAGCAAAUAUUGAAGAAGCAAUCAAUGUGCUGAAAGCAGAGAAUCCUUGGUUCAAUUGAGAUCUUAUGAUACAAGGAUUUCAAUUCCUUAUCCCUGCUGACUUUGGAUCAUAUGAUCUGCCGCGCCUCGCGCUCACCGCCAGUUUAAGAACAUUAACGUAGAAUAGUGGAGUUUGUACGUAAAAAUGUUUUUUCGAAUAAGACAUUCUUGUUGCCUACCUGCAUAUUAUAAAUAAUGGACGUCAAG